AUGUCGAAUGAGCUGUGGAUUGGUCUUGGUGCAGCUAUAGGCGCAACGGUUCUCUUCGGCACUGUCUUCGUUCCCGUUAAGAAAGUGGCAGCUGGAGACGGUAAGCAACAGACUAAAUCAUAUGCAAAUUUCUUAAAUGUUAUUGCACCACAUUUUAAAAAGUAAGU